AUGGAGUGUAGAGAAAAAUUGGGGCAAAAGGUUAUUCCAUUAUUCUAUAAUGUUGAUGCUUCAGAUGUCCGGAAACAAACUGGUAGUUUUGCACAAGCAUUUGAGAAACAUGAAGCGGGCAUCUGUGAAGGUAAACUUGAGAAAGAAAAGGUACAGCAGUGGAGAAAUGCUCUCACCCAAGCUGCAGAUUUGUGUGGGGAAGAUCUUAAAAAUACUUACAAUGGGCAUGAAGCAGAGCUUAUCAAGAAAAUUAUUGGGGAGGUUAAUAAACAGUUGCACAGCCAAUACAAAUUAGACAUCGAACACCCAGUUGGAAUUACUUCUCGGUUGUGGGAUUUGAGUGAUCAGUUAGACAUUGAAUCAGGUUCUAAAGAUGUUCGCAUGAUUGGUAUUUGGGGGAUGGGCGGCAUUGGAAAAACAACGCUUGCCAAAGCCAUUUAUAACAAGUUUGAACGUAGCUUUGAAGGUAGGAGUUUCCUUGCAAACGUGAGGGAGGUAAUUGUAAACCAAGCCAUUAAUGGUCUGGUUGGUUUGCAAGAAAAACUUCUAAAUGAUAUCUUGAAAAGCAAGGAGGCGAUAAAGGUUGGUUCUGUUGAUGUAGGGAUCACUAUGAUACAAGAAAGACUUCGUUGCAAAAGAGCACUUGUCAUAAUCGACGAUGUAGCUUCAAUACAGCAAGUAAAAGCAAUAGCUAGAGAUCGUGAUUGGUUUGGACCUGGAAGCCGGAUUAUUAUAACAACAAGAGAUCAACAUUUGCUAGAGCAAAUUGGAGUGGAUAGCACGUAUCCCGCUGAAGAAAUGGAUGAGGAAGAAGCUAUAGAGCUCUUCAGUUGGCAUGCCUUCAAAAGAGAUUAUCCUAAUCAGGAAUAUCUUGACCUCUCAAAACGUGUAAUUCAUUACUGUCAGGGUUUGCCACUAGCACUUGAAGUUUUGGGGUCUUUUCUGAAUAAAAGAACCACAUCAGAGUGGGAAAGCCAAUUGGAGAGAUUGGAAAGAAGUCCUCAUGAAACAAUUACAAAAAUACUCAGAAUAAGCUUUGACGGGCUACCUAGCCAUACAGACAGAGAUAUAUUCCUUGAUAUAUCUUGUUUCUUUAUUGGAAUGGACCAGGACUAUGUCACACAAAUAUUAGAUGGAUGUGGCUUUUCUGCAACGCUAGGAAUCCCUAUCCUCAUUGAACGGUGCCUUGUAGAUGUUAGUGAGGAAAACGAGUUGAUGAUGCAUGAUUUGCUUAGAGAGAUGGGAAGAGAGAUCGUUCGUGAAAAAUCUGGCCGUGAUGACCCUAAAAAAUUUAGUAGAUUGUGGAAUCACGAAGAUGUCACAGAUGUAUUGAGAGAUGAAUCUGGAACUGAAGCAAUUGAAGGACUUGCUCUAGAUUUGCAAAGCUCUGACAAGGCUAGUUUCAGUGCAGCAACAUUUACCAAUAUGAAAAAACUGAGAUUACUCCACUUCAACAAUGUAGAGCUCACUGGAGAGUACAAUAUCUUCCCCAAAAAGCUAACAUGGUUGUGCUGGCAUGGAUUCCCUUUAGACUCCAUACCAGAUGACUUUCCUAAUCAACCGAAACUAGUUGCUUUAGACUUGCAGUAUAGCAAACUCAAAAUAGUUUGGAAGGAUUGCAAGUUUCUUGAGAAGUUGAAAAUCAUUAAUCUCAGUCAUUCCCAUUGCCUAAAAGAAUCACCAGACCUUUCAAAACUCUCAUGUCUCGAGGAAUUGAUAUUGGAAGACUGUACGAGUUUGUCUGAGGUUCAUUCAUCCAUAGGGGAUCUUGGAAGACUUUCUGUGGUAAAUCUUCAAGACUGCAACAUGCUAAAGGAUCUUCCACUGAAUUUCUAUAAUUCCAAGUCUAUUAAAACUCUUCUAAUUAAUGGUUGUUCAAGAUUUGAAAACUUGGCUGAUGGCUUAGGGGACAUGAUAUCAUUGACAACUCUGGAAGCAGAAAACACAGCCAUAAGACAAAUACCAUCUUCCAUAGUAAAAUUGAAGAACUUGGAAAUUUUAUGGGUAUGUGAGGUGACAAGGUCGCCAUCAACGAAUCUUUUGCCCCCUUCUUUACAUGGUUUAAGCUCGUUAAGAGAAUUAGUUCUUGAAGGCUGUAGUCUAACCGAGGAUGCAAUCCCUAAUGAUCUCUGGAGCCUAAUUUCCUUAGAAAAUUUAGAUCUUGUAGACAAUGAUUUUCAUAGCCUACCAAGCCUCAGUGGUCUUUCAAAGCUUGAAAUUUUAUCUUUAGACGGCUGCUUAAAUCUUUGUGCAAUCCCAGAUUUACCAACAAAUUUGAAAGUUCUGGAAGCAGCUGGCUGCACAGGAUUGGAAAAAAUGCCAGAUUUUUCAGAAAUGUCAAAUAUGAGAGAAUUGUAUCUAAGUGGUUCUUACAAACUCACCGAGAUUCCAGGCCUGGAUAAGUCAUUAAACUCCAUGACACGGAUUCAUAUGGAAAGUUGCAUGAAUCUCACUGCUAAUUUUAGGAAGAACAUCCUACAGGGAUGGACUUCUUGCGGAUAUGGUGGCAUUGUUCUGGAUGGAGAUGAUAUUCCUGAUUGGUUCGACAGUGUCCAUGAGAAUAAUAUUUUGGAUUUCAAUGUUCCUCAAAGUGUUGGUCGUAAUUUUAAAGGGUUAACUUUGUCCUUCGUUUACUCUUCAGACUUGGACAAUGAAAUUCCUGUUGUCAUUAGCAUUACAGACUUGACCCAGUGUACUGUUUUUGAAGCCCGGAUCACAGAUAUAGCAGAACAAUAUGACUAUGAACUUGGAAAUCAUUAUGUUUGGCAGGGACAGUUAUCAAACGACGAGCUCAAAUUGCAAGACGGUAAUCAAGUCUUUAUUCAGAUAAUGCCUCAAGAUAAUUGUGUAAAGGUGAAGAAAACAGGUGUUAGCCUGGUAUGGGACAAAUUUAUGAACGAAAAUAUGACUGAAUAUGAUCUUUGUGGGUAUCAACGUCGCCCAUAUCAAAAGGCAGGACCAAGCCAUGAUAUCUCUGAUGACUCCAUUGAUCUCAAAAAUGAUAAUGGCAUAACGGAAUCACAACACUUUUCAGAACUCCCAUAUCUCGAAGACUGCAACAAUGAUUUUCAUAAGGAUCUCAGUUGCGUAAUUUCCCCAAUAGAUUUAGAUCUUAGAGGCAAUGAUUUUCAUAGCCUAAUUCUAUUCUCCAGUGGUCUUUCAAAUCUUCAAACUUUGUGUUUAAAUGACUGCAUACAUCUUCGUGCAAUCCAAGAUUUGCCAACACGUUUGAAAGUUCUGAAAGCAUCUGGCUGCACAGGAUUGGAAACAAUGCCAGAUUUUUCAAAAAUGUCGUAUAUGAGAGAACUGUAUCUAAAUGACUCGCUCAAACUCACUCAGAUUCCAGGUUUGGAUAAGUCAUUAAACUCCAUGACAAGGAUUCAUAUGGAAGGCUGCACCAAUCUCACUACUGAUUUUAGGAAGAACAUCCUACAGGGAUGGAGUUCUUGCGGAUAUGGUGGAAUUUUUCUGAAUGGAAUUUAUGAUAUUCCUGAGUGGUUCGAGUUGGUCGAUGAUGUGGACAAUCAAGUCUACUUUGAAGUUCCUGCUGGUCGUGAUUUAAAAGGGUUGACUAUAUGCUUCUUUUACUCUUCAGACUACCCAGAACUUGAAGAUUCUCAAGGUCCUAUUCGCAUUACAGUUAAAAAUCUUACCAAACAAACUGCUUUGCACGCAAGGAUAGCAUUUGCCUCAGUAAAAACUUCAAGAGAACCAGAAGACCAUUAUCUUUGGCAGGGACAAUUGUCAAACGAUGUGCUCUGUUUGCAAGGCGGAGACAAGAUCUCCAUUCUAGUAAGGCCUCUGGUUGAUUUUGUGAGAGUGAAGAAGACAGGGGUUUAUCUAGAAUGGGACAAACUCAUGAAGGAAAAUAUGCGUAAUCCUGAUCCUCAUUUGUAUGAUUUGGAAACAAAUCGGAUUUUUUCCGGGGGAGUUGCUGAUGGGGCAGGAUGGAGCCAUGACGCAUCUGUUCCCACUAAUCAAUCGAAUGCUGUAGAUGAACCAUUAGCAGUGGAGGGGUGUUUAGCGCGUCUUAAAACUUGCUUGAACUUCAUUCCAACCAGCUUCAGGGAUAAAUCCCAAUUUUAUGGACACAUCGGAUGGCUGGAGACCCAUGGCACCUGGCCAAUGCUUCAAAUCAUAGACUUAGCUCACAACAAUUUCAAUGGGGAAAUACCAGGAAGAUCUUUGAGAACAUGGCAGGCAACGCUGGCAAACCAAGUUGUGAGCAAAGACAUGGAGAUGGUUUUAUUAGUAAAGAUUUUAACUAUCUUCACUGCGAUAAACUUCUUGUGCAACAAAUUCAGUGGACAAAUAACUGAGGAGAUAGGAGGAUUCAAAUCAUUGUACAUCCUCAACUUGUCCAACAAUGCUUUCACAGGUGCAAUCCCACCAUCGUUAAGUAACAUGCGAAAACUCGAGUCAUCAGAUCUCUCAGUGAACAGCCUGAGCGGGCAAAUUCCAGCAGAGUUUGCAAAGUUCACUUUCCUCUCGUUUUUGAAUCUCUCAAACAAUCACUUGGUUGGCAGGAUCCCACACAGCACUCAGUUUUCAACAUUGCCAAAAUCUUCCUUCGAGGGAAACAAGGAUUUACGGGGGCCUCCUUUGACAGCAGAUGACAUAGCUGCAGGGUUUUCACCACCGCUAAUGUCCAAUGGAAGGCGUGUUCCAAAUUCUGUCCAUGAUCAGAUUGAUUGGGAAGUGUUGAAAUUGGAUAUAUUGUUGGCCUUGGAGUUGCCAUUGGGUCCCUUGUGUUUUGCAAGGGAUGAACUAGUAUUUCAAAGCUGGGGAGGGCAUUGUCUUUUAGAUAUUUCCUCAUCUGGACAAAGCAAAUAG